UGGUUCAUCAAGCAACAGGUGUCUGAUCGUUCUGUAGUGGCCCUUGUUCCCAAGCAGACCUCUUCCUACAACAUUCCUGCCUCUGCCAGCAUAUCAAGGACCUCAAUAAGUAGAUAUGACUCAACAUUUCGGUACACAGGAAGCCCAGACAGUCUACGUUCCAGAGCACCUAUGAUUACUCCAGACCUAGAGAGUGGGGUGAAAGUCUGGCAUUUAGUAAAGAACCAUGAUCAUGGUGACCAGAAAGAAGGUGACCGGGGCAGUAAGAUGGUGUCAGAGAUCUAUCUAACAAGGCUACUAGCUACAAAGGGUACACUGCAAAAGUUUGUGGAUGACUUGUUUGAGACUUUGUUCAGCACUGUGCACCGAGGCAGUGCUCUCCCACUGGCUAUCAAAUAUAUGUUUGAUUUCUUGGAUGAACAAGCAGAUAAGCAUGGCAUCCAUGACACUGAUGUGAGGCACACGUGGAAGAGCAACUGUCUUCCUCUUCGCUUCUGGGUGAAUGUAAUUAAAAACCCACAGUUUGUCUUCGACAUCCACAAAGGAAGUAUCACAGAUGCCUGCCUAUCAGUCGUAGCCCAGACCUUUAUGGAUUCAUGUUCUACUUCAGAGCACCGACUAGGCAAGGACUCCCCCUCCAAUAAGCUGCUGUAUGCCAAGGACAUACCUAGCUAUAAGAGCUGGGUGGAAAGGUAUUAUGCAGACAUUGCAAAACUCCCAGCCAUCAGUGACCAGGACAUGAAUGCCUACCUCGCAGAACAGUCACGUCUGCACUCUGUUGAUUUCAACAUGUUGAGUGCUCUCAAUGAAAUCUAUUCCUAUGUCAGCAAAUACAGUGAGGAGAUCAUUGGAGCUCUGGAGCAGGACGAGCAGGCGCGCCGGCAGCGCUUGGCAUACAAAGUAGAACAGCUUAUUGGUGCCAUGUCCAUGGAGAGUUGAAGAAAGGAGCAGGAACUCCUAGAACAAUAGGAAGUGGUUAUUGCAAAGACUUCUUGGAAUUAAGAGUAAAACCAGAAAGGAGGUGACAGGGAACAUACCCAAAGUACUGUGACAACCUCCAAAAAGAAGUGAACGUUGGUCCAACUAUUUAGCUCAAAACUCUCUCAUCAGAUUCGAGUUGAAAGUAUGGGAGAAAACCAAUAGCAGUGCAUCUCAAAAACCAGCUGGAUUUGCCAAGAAGUUCUACUCCUGAAGUUGCAACCUAGAAAGAUCCUGGGAAACCUAGAUUUCCUCCAUGACUGCUGCUUUGCAUGAAAGUUGUUUGAUGUAUAUUAGGAGAUAACAAAAUACUAUUUAAAUUUUUCUUUUUUAAAAAAAGAAAAAGAAAAGAAGAAAAAAUGAAAUGUAACAAACACCACAGUGGCCACAUCAAAUAUCCCAUUGAAAAGAUUCCACUGCACACACUGCCCCUCCCAUCUCAUGAGGUCCCCAUUGUUUGUGGCUCAGAUGGAUGGUUUGUAAGUGGACUCUCAUGUCUUUGGGACUGUUUGAAAAAUUCCAUUAUUCCUUUUCCUGGGAACAUACAGAAAACCCCACAAGCACGGAUUUGCACCAAACCUUUUAUACAGUGAAGUUGGGGGGAAAGCCCAGCAGUCUGCAAAAGGCACUUAACAGAAAUGUAUGGGAGUGGAAAAGUCAUCCUGUCAUUCAACCCAUCUGUCUUGAAAUCCAAAUUCAGCAAUGUAUUCAUAGAGUGCAGAUAUUUUUUUAAUACUCUUUAUUUACAAUUGAAGGGUUACUAUGGUUAUAUGGAAGUCCUUCAUUCCUCUUCUACUUUGACACAAAACUCUCCCCACCCCCAUUUCAAAGAUUCUUCCCUGUUUUUGACAACCAUGUUCCUAAGAAAAGUCCUGUCCUUUUGAAGCUAAGGAGGUUGUAUGGUGGGUUAAAUUGAAACUAGUGUAUUGUGCGCAAUUUGUGUAAAAGCUGAUUGGCUUUCUUAGUUCCUUGGUAUAUGGGCAGGUUAGCUUUUGGGUUCUUGUCAUUUCUUUCCUAGUCACUAUGUGAUUUCUUGCAGCUUAAAAAAAGUGUUUACAGCAAGGCAAUACUUGAACAGUGUAGACCUAGCAAGGCAAGAUAUUUAUUACUUUCCUUCUUUAGAGUCAGUGAUGCUUAUGUGAUCAGCGCAAAUGGCAUUUGCAUUUUUCUCACACCAUAUGCAAGGUCCUACAAAGGUCAAGCAUAAAACUUCUAUGUCCUUUGGGAGAGUCAGCUGAGGGGGACUUUCUCUCUGGACAAAAGGAAAAUGGCAUGCUCUACAUGCCUGUUAAUGGUUGUUGUCUUUGUCUUUGUCCAUGUGUCUUGUCUUGGGUUAGGUUUCUUAGCUGACCCUAGCAACCCAUUUUCUAGUGAUCAGUGGAAGGCUGUUGUCUGUGAGUUGUUCUUCUUUUACAAAAGAAAAAGACCAAAGCUUCCUUGUCCCUUUCAAGAGUGCCAAGUAGCAGGUGGGAUUCUGUAAAUAUUUCUCUCGGUAAUAAAUAUUGAUAUUUGUGCAGACUUCGGUUAAGAGGGGCGAUGAGGGGGCAAGGUGAUUAGGCUUAAUGGAAGACAGGCUAUCGACCAGAUGAUUUUAGAUCCCAUGACUGGAAUCUAAGUCAGAUUUAACAGAAGCAGACUGGUCUUUUUUUUUUUUAAAUGAGGCUUAGGAAGAGGAUGGUUAGACCAUUAGUUGAAUGAUGAUUCAGACUGUGGCACAGUUUACCUGGAGUGUAUAACAUUUUCAAUUAUCUGUAUGUUCUGAAUGAAAUUAGUGAAUUCUAUCAUCUCUUGAGUAUAAAUUAUCAGAAAAACUAAAGAUAUUUGAGGAUAGAUAUUGUUUAGGGGUUACCAUUAUUUAGUAUUCUAUAACUGGACGGAAGGAGAGGGAAGUCUCAAGAAUGAGGAAAACGAUAGCAUUUGCUCCUGCCUUGCAUCUCCAGCACCUAUGUAUCCCUCAGAUAUUCAGAGACAUCAACCUAAAGGGUUCACAUUUAAAAGGUAGCCUAGAAGAGGCCAUUUUCCACUGUCUCUUUCACACAUUAUAUGCAUGAAGAGGACUCCAUGUGAUUAACAGGAAGUAAUUCUGUGUUGCAGAUUCCACAUUCCAAACUCUACAUCUGGGAUCCUAUCAUAGUGCCACUGCACUGAGUGUGGAUGUUUGACAUCUGAAACCAGACACAAUUAGAAUUCUGAACCACUUGAAAGCCAAUGUGGGCAAAGUUCUACAUUUUAUAAGCUUCCCUCUUCAGAUAUUGUUGAAAAACAGAGUAGUUUACAACCUCAGAGAAAGAACUAGUGGUGAAGUUACUUAUCUAGCAGAGAGGAUUUCCUGGCACUAAUGGUUUGUGCAGCCAUUAUGGUACCAACCAUAAUCCCACAUUCUUCACUUCCAGUACAUACCAUUUCUAUUUCCCUCAAACAAAAGAGGGGACUGUUUCCACAAAAGGCCAAGGGUGAGUAGGUUGUACAUUAAAUUACCUACUCUGUGAGCAUCUUUUACUUUUUGAAUCAUUAUCCUUAAUGCUGCAAGCAAAAGGAUAAAGGAAAGGAGCAAGUUGCUGCUUUAAUUAUAAUUCAUUUAAAGCUGUGCCAAACCCACUUUCCCCCUGAUAAUUCACUUUCAUAAGUUUCCCUGGGCCCUAUUAAUAGCCUGAAAGAAAUACUAAUGACUGACCUUGCACAAUAAGCCAAAGCCUUUGACAUUCACAGCAGCCAAAGCUUUGCAGCCAGAAGGUUCUGAUUUACAUUGACUUGGCAGAGGCAGGGACCAAAAACCAAAUGCAGGAAGCAUCUAAGAAGGGCAGCCCAGUUUCAGGAGAAUUACCUCUAUACCCUUCAGCUAUGUAGUGAGUUUGAUUGCAAAGGCAGUUUUGUCUCCUCUGUUCCUAAACCUAAUUGAUGUGGGUGGUAAGUUUAACAACCAAUUUUUGUUAAAGGAAUUUCCACUUCACAGGCACUUCACAAUUGGACUGUGUUAGGUCUCCUUUAGCACUCAUUUUCUCUUUCUUUUCAAUUUUUAAUGCUGUGUGAGAUGGACUUUAUGGCAGUAGCUUCAGCCUUCCAAACGAAGACAAUUUUACAAAAUAGACCCAAUCUACAAAGACCCAUGCUACAAAUUUCUUUCUCUCAGCCUCAAAGGUGCUACAAGAUCCCCUUGCAUUCAGAUGACAGUUCUCUAUGUUCUUAUUGAACCCCUAUAGCGUUCCAGGAGGCAACUGAUUCACUCUUCUUAUCAAUGACAGAGAAGAAUAUGUAGUAUUUUCUGCACUCUUGUUAAUAGAUCUUACAAUAAGAUAAACCAGGUAUUGAAGUUAUGUUACAAUUACUGAUCCAUGGGGGAGUUGUGGGUUUUGUUUUGUUUUUGUUGUUGUUGUUGUUGUUGUUGUUGUUGAUUUUAAACCAAACAACCCAGUUGUGGCUGAAUAACCUGAUAGAUCGAUGACACCCUUAAGUGUUAUGAGCCUAGUUUCUCUGGAUACCAGAAGGAUUUGAACAUUUAGAAGUCAUUGUGGUGAUUGCCUUAAGUGACAUUCUCCCUCCAUGUCAGUACCUCUUUCCCCUGAUGUCUGAGUCCCAGCCUGCUCUGUUUCAGGUGCUUUCACAUCAAAGCGAGAGACGUCAUUUCUGGAAUUUCUGUGCCUGGCACCACUGUUUGAAUAAUUCCAUUUAAUCUUCCACUGAUGAGUGCUAUCCAGAGCCAUCAAAGAGCCCACUGCAAGGGGUAGUGAUGUGCUAAUCAAAUGCUUCUUUCCUUUGAAGGCCUUUAUUUCAAAAAUUCUAUCUUGUUAGCAUGCUUGCCUGCUUCUGCUGUACUUUUUCUCCUCUUAGAACUAAAAUUCUGCAGCCACUUCAGUCACCAGAGAAAGUGGCCUCACUGUCUAUGUAACUUCUCUUCAAACAAGUUCCAUGAACACUCAGAAAGUAGUGGAAGGGAUAAAUAGCUAAACCCCCACUGAUCAAAUUUAAGUGACCUAGCUAAACUAACAACAAAAAUAAUUUUAAAAAAACUGUCAUAAAUUAAAAUGCUUUAUUUUUUCUGGUUGAAAAUACCUUUGGGACACUUACAAUCUUUCUGCAUCACACAGAAUGGUGAAGGUCUUAGUCUUACCCAGGAAAUCAUAGAUGUGGAUUAGCAAACUCCCAACAUGUCCCUGUCAUUAUAGGAUGCCCUGCCAGGAAAUCCAGUGUUAUGUGUAGCAUCUAUGUUCACCAAAAUGCACUGCAUAAAUAAUCCAGUUUGAUACUGGAUUAUCUGCCCUGGCUCAGUGCUGGGAAAUCCUGGGUACUGUAGUUAAUUGUGGCAGCAGAGCUCUCUGACAGAGGCGGCCAAAUGUCUCA